AUGAUCGAAUAGGCUGAACGUUGUAUAUCUUGGGCAAGAUAUAGGCAGGCUAUACAUACUUGGGCUAAAAAGAGGAGAGCUAAGGCUUCAGUGACGUAGGCACUGAAUUAUUCGCUUGUGAGAAACAAAAGAUACUAGGGUUCUACGCUUUUCUCAAUGGAUACUUUGGGUUUAAUGGAGAUCGAAAACUAGUUUUUAAAACAAAAAAAUUAUGUUAAGAUGAAAUAAUCUUUCAUAAUCCAGUACAUCUCAAAUCCUAAAGAAGGUAUCUGUUCGAUGAAAAGAUCACUAUCCUUUUAUCAAUUCUCACAAAGCUAGAUAAAUAGGGCUGUUUUCAAAAUGUCUUUGGAAGUGCUUAUAAAAUUAAGUACUAUCCUCUCUUUCCAUUUUUAAAUUAUAGUUUUAUUCCCUUAGGAAACAACUCCCAAAGAGGAAAGAAGAAGAAGAAGAAAAAAAGAAAAGAAAGAAAUUUUAAAAAGAAAAAAGAGAUAUUCAUUAAAAAGAUUAAAAAGAUUAAAAAGAAUUAAAAGAGAUAUUCAUAAAAAGAUUAAAAAGAAAGAAUUUUAAAUUUAAAAAGUCGAGUUUCAAUCGAGUGAUUUUCAAAAUAAAAAAAUCGUUAAAAGAAAGAUAAAAAGAAUUAUUCAAUAAAUAAAAAAUAUAAGAAAAAAAGAUAAAAGAAAUAACUAAAGACUUAACAAAAAGCAAAAAGCUAACAAAAGAUUAAAACACAAAUUAAAGCAUUAAAAAUGA